AUGAGAGCCAUCUGGUAUCAGAGUGAGAUCAACGUCAGGCGAUAGCAAGCGUUUCGAAAGAGCGAUGGAAUUCUCGCACGGUACCAGCUCAUCGCGUGUUCCAUGUACAAUGCUCACUGGACACCGUAUAUCAAUCGGUCCUUCAGUUUUCAUAACACAAGUCUGAAUUCUGUCUGUUCAAGCGUAAUUAUAGCACUAAUCAAUAAUCAUACUUACAUCAAGGUAGUGUUGAAGACUUUCGCGGUUGAUCAAUGCCUCAUGUCCUCCACGAGAUGCUGGGUGGAUGAGGCUUUUGCCUUUAAGCAGGGCUGCACUACCACCGGGGAAAAACGCAUCGACAUAGUUAAACGUCAGCGAGACUCCCGGACAGAACAGGAAGAGGCCCUUGAUAUUUUGUGGGCGAUUUUUUGCAGCAUUCAAAGCUGCAUGGCAACCAGCACUGCUUGCAAUCACCACCCACUCAUCUCCGUCUGA